ACUCUCCUCCUGCCUGUCAGGGUGGAGGGUGAGGAAGGGGCUUGUGAGGUGACAGAAGUGAGCAAACUGGAUGGAGAGGCCUCCAUUAACAACCGCAAAGGGAAGCUUAUCUUUUUCUAUGAGUGGGCUAUCAAGCUGGCAUGGACUGGCACCUCAAAGACUGGGGUGAAAUACAAAGGUUAUGUGGAGAUUCCUAAUCUCUCAGAUGAAAAUGACAUCGAUGAAGUUGAGAUCCUUGUCAGCCUUGCUAAAGAUGAGCCUGACACUAACUUAAAGACCUUGAUGAAGCAAGAGGGUGCAAAAAAAAUUAGAGAUGCAAUGAAAACUUACAUCAGCACUCUCAAAACAGAAUUCACCCAGGGCAUGAUUUUGCCCACAGUGAAUGGUGAACAUAUGGAAACAACCCCUCAGGUGGCUCCUAAAGCAGAAGACCGCAAGACGGCUGCUAGCAGCAGUACUGCCACAUCGCAGUCCAAAUCCAUAGGAGUCAAGAUCCCUACGUGUAAGAUCAACUUGAAGGACACCUUCUUAACAUCCCCUGAAGAGCUCUACCGGGUAUUCAUUACUCAGGAGAUGGUCCAAGCUUUCACUCACGCACAAGCCACCUUGGAGGCUGAUAAAGGAGGCAAGUUUCAGCUGCUGGAUGGCAGUGUCACAGGAGAGUUUGUUGACCUAGUGCCUGAGAAGCAACUUGUUAUGAAAUGGAGAUUUAAAUCGUGGCCAGCUGGGCACUUUGCAACUAUUACCUUGAACUUCACCGACAAAGGUGGUGAGACGGAGGUGUGCUUGGAAGGCAAGGGCGUUCCUGCCAGCGAGGAGGAAAGAACAAAGCAAGGCUGGCAGCGCUACUACUUCGAGGGUAUUAAACAGACAUUUGGCUAUGGCGCCCGCUUGUUUUAAUACUGGUUGCUGGGAUGGCUUUGCCUGAAGACUCUGCCACAUGGACUGAUCAAUUUCUCACCUGUCCCUUUCUAAUCUUGGCCCUGCUGCUGAGUAAAGUGGGAUGACAGGUGAUGCGGAAGGCCAUUGAGCAGCACCACUUUCAGUCCCUCACUGCUUUGUGCAUGUCUCGUGCUGCAGGGGAUUCUCUUACAUGUACAUACUUCUAUUGCUAAAUAAACCUAACUUAAAAAAAA